GACUGCGGAUCACACGCUUGCCACCACCAACCUCCCCGGCGCCAAAGCUGAGUUCUCUCACACACACACACACAUAGACAUCCACCACCACUACCACCUCCUCCUGCGACCUGCUGCCCAUACCGCGGGCAUUCAUGGCUCUCUGUAACGGAGAUUCCAAGUUGGAUAAAUCUGGGACUGAUGUGAAGGAUGGCCAGCAUCGCUACGAAGGAGCAGUAGUAAUUUUGGAUGCCGGUGCUCAGUACGGAAAAGUCAUAGAUCGUCGAGUGAGAGAAUUCUUUGUGCAGUCGGAAAUCUACCCAUUAGAAACACCAGCCUUUGCGAUCAGGGAGCAAGGAUUCCGAGCUAUCAUCAUAUCUGGAGGACCAAAUUCUGUGUAUGCUGAAGAUGCUCCAUGGUUUGACUCAGCCAUAUUUGCUAUUGGCAAGCCAGUCCUUGGUAUCUGCUAUGGCAUGCAGAUGAUGAAUAAAGUAUUUGGUGGCACUGUUCACAAGAAAAAUGUGAGAGAAGAUGGAGUAUUCAGCAUCAAUAUUGAUAAUACUUGUUCUCUUUUUAGGGGUCUGAAGAAAGAAGAGGUUGUUUUGUUAACACAUGGAGACAGUGUUGACAAGGUGGCUGAUGGCUUUAAGGUUGUUGCACAAUCUGGAAACAUAGUAGCAGGUAUUGCAAAUGAAUCCAAAAAGCUUUACGGAGUACAGUUCCAUCCUGAAGUUGGCUUAACUGAAAAUGGGAAGGUGAUGCUAAAAAACUUCUUGUAUGAUGUUGCGGGAUGCAGUGGUACUUACACAGUUCAGAACAGAGAAAUUCAAUGUAUCAGGGAAAUAAAAGAGAAGGCUGGGUCAUCUAAGGUUUUGGUGUUAUUAAGUGGAGGGGUUGAUUCCACAGUUUGUACAGCUCUUCUGAACAAAGCUUUAAAUCAAGACCAGAUCAUUGCAGUACAUAUAGAUAAUGGCUUUAUGAGAAAACGAGAGAGUCAGUCUGUAGAAGAAGCUCUUAAAAAGCUUGGAAUUCAAGUGAAAGUUGUAAAUGCAGCACAUUCAUUUUACAAUGGCACAACAACGUUACCAAUAUCAGACGAGGACAGAACACCUCGUAAAAGAAUCAGUAAGACGCUCAACAUGACCACAAACCCAGAAGAGAAAAGGAAAAUUAUUGGCGACACGUUUGUGAAGAUUGCUAAUGAGGUUAUUGGUGAAAUGAAUCUAAACCCAGAAGAAGUUUUUCUUGCACAGGGAACAUUAAGGCCGGAUUUGAUUGAAAGUGCAUCCCUUAUUGCAAGUGUUAAGGCAGAAGUUAUAAAAACUCACCACAAUGACACAGAACUCAUCAGAAAGUUAAGAGAAGAGGGUAAAGUAAUUGAACCACUUAAAGAUUUCCACAAAGAUGAAGUACGAGCAUUAGGUCGAGAACUCGGUUUACCAGAGGAACUUGUAAGCAGACACCCGUUUCCAGGUCCAGGCCUGGCAAUUCGAGUAAUAUGUGCUGAAGAACCCUAUAUCUGCAAAGAUUUCCCUGAAACCAACAACAUAUUAAAAAUAGUUGCCGACUAUUCAGCGAGUGUUAAAAAGCCCCACACACUUCUUCAAAGAGUCAAAGCGUGCACAUCUGAAGAGGACCAGGAGAAACUGAUGCAAAUCACUAGCCUGCAUUCACUCAGUGCCUUCUUAUUGCCUAUAAAAACUGUGGGCGUACAGGGUGACUGUCGCUCUUACAGCUAUGUGUGUGGAAUCUCCAGUAAAGAUGCUCCACACUGGGAAUCCUUAAUGUUUCUGGCUCGGCUAAUACCCCGCAUGUGCCACAAUAUCAACAGAGUUGUUUAUGUAUAUGGGCCACCAGUCAAAGAACCCCCCUCUGAUGUUACUCCUACCUUUUUAACAACAGGAGUGCUUAGCACGUUGCGGCAAGCAGAUUUUGAGGCUCACAAUAUUCUAAGAGAGUCUGGUUACGCUGGUAAGAUCAGUCAAAUGCCAGUCAUAUUGACACCACUUCAUUUUGACCGUGAUCCUUUACAAAAGCAACCAUCGUGUCAAAGGUCUGUGGUCAUCCGCACCUUUAUCACCAGUGACUUUAUGACUGGUAUUGCAGCAACUCCUGGUAAUGAAAUUCCAGAAGAGGUUGUUUUGAAGAUGGUUACAGAAAUUAAGAAGAUACCUGGUAUUUCUCGAGUAAUGUAUGAUAUGACAUCAAAACCCCCUGGAACUACCGAGUGGGAAUAACACAUUUUUUUUUUAAUUUGGAUUCAAAAGUACUGUGUGCAGCUUGAAAUGUAUCAAAAAACCAUUCCCAGUGUUGGCAUACAGUACAGUUAUACAAGUGACUGGUUCUACUGUACAUCUGAAUCCGUUCCCAGAGCCUAGACAUGCAGUAAAAUUUGUGGUGGGAGGUACUUUAAUGGGGCCGACAUUUUGUACGGGUAAUUAUUCAUGGCAGCAUUGCCUGAGUGCAGAUGGACUCAUCAUGCUUUGCCUUUUGUCUUACUGAUUCUGCCUGUUUUUAUGUGUUUUUGUUGCCAUCAUUUCUAUGUUUUUGUUUUGUUUUGUUUUUUCUUUAGUUUUUUUUUGUAAACUAUGAAAAGCAGUUCAGUUCAUUUCUAUACAUUUAUCAAAACAAUUGUAAUAGCCUAUUAAUAUAAAAUUAAUUACUGAUGUGACCAACUGCUUUUGAACAGAUUUAUUAUAAAUAAAUAUUUUGCCAAAUCGA